GGGGCUAUCUCUAAGCCCUCCAAACUCUGAAUGAAAUAAUUUUAUAUCACACAAAACACCCAUGUUAAUAGACUUCUUGCUGAAAAAGCUGAUGAACUAUGAGACAGACAAAUCAGACACAGGUGACUGAAUUUCUCCUCCUCGGACUCUCUGAUGACCCACACACCCAGAAGCUGCUAUUCGUUUUAUUUCUGGGUGUCUAUCUGGUAACUGUGCUUGGAAACCUGCUUCUCAUGUUCCUUGUUCAGGCUGACUCUCGGCUUCACAAACCCAUGUAUUUUUUUCUGUGUAACUUGUCUCUGGCUGACCUCUGCUUUUCUACCAACAUCGUUCCCCAGGCCCUCAGCCAUCUCCUUUCAAGGAAAAAGACCAUUUCGUUCAGACGCUGCGCAGCUCAGCUUCUGCUCUUCCUCAUUUUUGGGUGCACACAAUGUGCCCUUUUGGCUGUGAUGGCCUACGAUCGGUAUGUGGCUAUCUGCAACCCUCUGCAUUACCCUAGCAUCAUGAUGUGGAGGGUGUGUAUCCAACUGGCUGCAGCAUCAUGGACAAGUGGCCUUUUAGUGUCCGUGGUGGACACCACUUUCACACUAAGCCUGCCCUAUCGAGGAAGCAACACUGUUGCUCAUUUCUUUUGUGAGGCUCCUGCCCUGUUGAUCCUGGCGUCUACAGACACUCAUGCUUCUGAGAUGGCCAUCUUCCUCAUGGGGGUUGUGAUUCUACUGGUACCUGUCUCCCUAAUUCUGGUGUCCUAUGGCCAUAUCAUAGUCACUGUGGUGAAGAUGAAAUCAGUUGCAGGAAGGCUCAAGGCAUUUUCUACCUGUGGUUCCCACCUCAUGGUUGUCAUCCUUUUUUAUGGGUCAGCAAUUAUCACCUACAUGACCCCGAAGUCUUCCAAAGAACAGGAGAAACUAGUGUCUGUUUUCUAUGCAAUGGUGACACCAAUGCUCAACCCGCUCAUCUACAGCCUGAGAAACAAAGAUGUAAAGGGAGCUCUGUGGAGAGUAGUCUCAAAGACCUUCUCCAGCAGGCCCAGAGGCGCCCACUGACACAG